AUGAACCGCUACAAAGUCACCAAGCAGCUCGGCGACGGUACCUAUGGGUCCGUGCUCAAAGCCGUGAAUCGUCAGUCGGGAGAAGUGGUGGCGGUUAAGCGGAUGAAGAAAAAGUUUUACUCGUGGGAAGAGUGUAUGCAACUGCGAGAAGUUAACUCGCUGAAGAAGCUAAAUCACCCCAACAUUAUUAAGCUCAAGGAGGUGAUCCGUGAGAAUGACGAGCUUUACUUCGUCUUCGAGUACAUGGAGUGCAAUCUGUACGAUACAAUGAAGAAGCGAGAUCGGCAUUUCCCAGAGUCCAAAAUACGCAACCUCAUGUACCAGAUGCUUCAAGGGCUGGCUUUCAUGCACAAGCACAGCUUCUUCCAUCGAGAUAUUAAGCCUGAGAACAUGUUAGUCAAAGGAGACACCGUCAAAGUCGCAGAUUUUGGGCUAGCGAGAGAGAUCCGAUCAAGACCGCCAUUCACCGAUUACGUAUCGACCCGGUGGUACCGUGCGCCAGAAGUUCUACUACGCUCAACAACUUACAACUCACCGAUUGACGCUUGGGCCAUGGGCUGCAUCAUGGCCGAGAUGUUCACACUACGCCCGUUAUUUCCGGGCAGCAGUGAAGGCGACCAACUCUAUAAAAUUUGCUCCGUAUUGGGGAAUCCAACGCACAGUACGUGGCCGGAAGGUAUGAAACUUGCUGCGCAAAUGAACUACCGAUUCCCGCAGUUCGUACCGACAUCUCUAGCACAGUUGAUUCCUCAUGCGAGCCCCGAAGCGCUCCAGCUAAUGACGGAUCUGCUUAAAUUCGACCCGAACCAGCGACCCACAUCAAGUCAGGCUCUGCAAUAUCCGUUCUUCCAGGUAAACGUGAACGUGGCCACACCGUUGACAGUAUCAACCCCUAGCGGCAACAGUCAACAACAAUACGAACGUGCAGAGUCGACAGAGAAGCUGGCAACAUUCACUCCCCCGCAGAAAUCGGCAGGAAGCCAACGAAGCGGCAGUGGACAGUAUGGACGGAAUCAGCAGCCAGCAGUGGACAUGGCUGCAUAUAGCAGUUUGCGACAACAGGCAGCUGUCGUAUCAGCGUCGUCUUAUGGAAUUCCGCGGGUACCUCAGCGUAACGCGAUGGCGGCAGCAGGCAAUAGUGUGCUUACAGGUGGAACCCCAACCGGUCUAGGUCUAGACAGUGGCAACAUGGAAGGCAGUCGCUACACACGACAAGCAAGAUACGCUCCAGGAAUGUCAUAUCGAGGAGAAAGCGACGGAGCGAAAUAUUCAGGUGGAAGACCGCCGUAUGUGCCCGGUGGACUCCCGUUAGGCUCCACGGCUGCUGUAGGGGGCGGCGUCGGCGGGACAGGCUUAAGUGGCUAUAGCAGACACAAAUAUUGA